AUGGGUGGUCUGGCAACUUGCCGAGACUUGGUCCGUUCUAUCAAAGCUUAUCGGCGGGGACUAGAGGUCAAGCAGGGAUGGUUAGCUCAAAGCACGCCACCUACUACGAACUCCGAUCCAAUCGUGUUCACAGAGGCCGACGCAUCGGGUCUAGCUGGGCCUCACAAUGACCCAUUGGUGGUCGAGAUGGAGAUCGGCGAAAGCAUGGUCACCAAAAUCUUGAUCGAUACAGGUAGUUCGGUAAACAUCAUUUUCAAAGACGUGCUCAUUCAAAUGGAGAUCGACCUACGGACCACCGAGCAUGAUGUUCAACCUCUCACCAGAUUCGACGGUGACACGGUGAUGACGGACGGCACGAUCAUACUACCAGUUUAUGUGGGUGGGACGAUGCAUUGCGUCAACUUUGCUAUCUUCGACAAGCCGAUCGUAUACAACGUUAUCCUUGGCUGCAUAAGAUGA